AUGAAAAUAGUUCAGGUACUUUUUGUUUUAACCUUAGCAUCUUCAACAUCAAUUUCACCAUACACUAAAUUAAACUAUUCUAAACAAAGAUCAAUGACUUGUUUUGGCUAAGGUUGAGUCUAAAUUAUAAACAAAUUCUCCAUUAGAUGCUGUUUUAAAUGUUUUAUGAUAAUUCAAAGAGGCAGUUAAUGAAGAAUAAGUGAAUCAUGAUCAAAUAUAUGAUAUAAAAUAUAAUCAAUGUGAUUCAAAAUUUGAAUUUAGAAAUAAAGAAGUUGAAGAUGCUUCAAAUGUAGUUAGAGUUUCAACAGCCUAGUUGAAUAUCUGUAAAACUUCAAAAAUUAGAAUCACUAAUUAAUAAGAAGUUAAUUAAUAAUAGUUAUUCACAUAUCAAGAACAUUUAACAUUAAUCAUUACAAUAGCUGAAAAUGAGUAAGCCUAUUUCAAAAAAAGAGGAAGAGAUUAUGAAGACUCAAUUCAUGCUAUAGAUGAAGCACUUGAUAUAUUAUCAGGUAUUGCUAAUGGAAGAAAAAGUUUUGUUGAAUUAAGUAGUAUAAGCAAAUAAUUGUUUUAGACAUCAUUCAACAUUUAAAAAACUUUCAAUUAUACUCCAAUAUUCAAUGCUUUUUCAUUAUUAGCAUCACAACAAGAUUCAGUUGAUCCAAGUUAAAUUGAGCGAGUUGAAUAAAUAUUAUUAUAACUGAGAGAAAAUAUAAAUGAUACUUAUAAUUAAUUCACUAUUUCAAAUGCUGCCACUGUUGCUGCUUUUAAUAAUUAAAAAGAUAGUAUUAAAAUAAUAUUAAAUAGACUAUCUAAUUAAGAUGAAAAAUUAUAAGAUAAAAUAUAUCAUUUAAAUUAAUGUAUAGGAAAUUAAUCAGCUAUAGUUUAAGUUGCAUCAACAAAGUUAGAGAGAAAUCUAUAACUAUGGGAUUAAGCAGUCACUUUAUACAAUACUUUCUAAGCUGAAUAUUAUACUGCCACUAGAUCAAGAAGAUCUGAGAUUUUAUUUAUAGAUGAAUUUGAAGAGUAGGUCAGGUAAAGAUUUUAGCAAUCAGAGGAAUAGAAACAAAGAAGAAUGUUAAGAUAUGUCAAACUUAAAUAUUGA